AAGCAAAGCAGAGGCGCUGAUCUGGAAAGGAGGAAGAGGACAGGGUUCUGGUGAAUGGUGAUGCACUGAUGGUAGUGGUGGGCCAUGAUUGCCACACGCCUGCGAUGAACCAUUCGCCGGUGCUACCAUGACUUGCGCGGGGAUCUGAUGAUUUCCAACUCCCCUACUUCCCGCUCCCUAAGUAGCCGAGCACCCACGGGAAAGUCUCGUCGAGCGCUGUUCGUGGGGGUGCCUCUGGUCGAAACCCCAGAGCCCGGGGCAGGGGACAUGGCCAGUCAAGACGCUUUGAGGGGACGCGUUCCUGUAGCAGUGCCUGUCGCGGCGGCCUCGUCGCACAGAGGUGCUGCUCCAGGCCCACACGGGCUAGUGGUGGAUGUGGACCCUGAAUUUCAACACCGCGUCGUCAAAGUAACGGACCGGUUUUCAGAGUCACUUGUACUGCUGGGCAAUGAGCCAUCACUGGGUCUGUAUCGGCUACAGGAACAUGUGCGGAGAUCCAUGCCCGUACUAGUCGACAAGAAGCGUGAGCUGGAGCAGAUCAACCAGCAAGUUCAGGGCGUGUGCUUCGAUACGGAGUAUGCAGGCAGUGUUGUGAAGGAUAUGCAUGGCAUAGCACAGUUCACCAACGUCCAAGAGCUUCUCAACAAGGCCAUCACGAUGAAACAGUCACUGAACUCGCUGGAGGGGCCACGAAAAGCGCCGGCAACGCCGAAUAUGAAGGGUGAUGUUCCUCAGGGUGUGAGUCCUGCUAUUCGGCGUUCGACGAACUACAAGCCAGUUGGCCGUGCGUCCCCGUCUGCACUGGCUGGACAAGCGUUGCAUGCCUCUGCUACCAUAAGCGGAACACCGCCGACAAAUCUUCUUCCUGGACUAUCCACAGAAGGGGCACUGAAGGCCAUGCAGCAGAAGAAACAGUCCAGCGAUCUGGACCUGCAGCCAAAGCGAUUCUGACCCUUCUUCUUGCACUCCUGGGUCAGUGUGUGUCACAGUUCCCUGUUCCGACCGGAUAUAGAAUCGCGAACGAAUAAAAUUGUUGUGAACACACCAAUGCAGCAUUUGCUCGACCAUUUAUAUCCCGUUUCCUUACCCGUCGUUUUGACUACAAUAUCUAUCGGUUUACUGAUUUGUGUUUUUUUAGUAGCAUUGACCUCCAUGCAGAGCGUUACCGUAUCAAAGAUAGCCUUGCCUCCAGCUGGUCUGGACGGCCAUACGUAUAGAAUUUCCCGUGAACCUUACUCGUAUAUCUACUCAGCCAGCAGCUGGCAUGAACUGUACUUGGGCCCUACCAUAGUCUAAUUAUUUCCAAGUUCAAUACCAUGUUUCUUCGCGGAGUUCGAUUGUCUCUGGCUGUUGUCACACAAAUUAUUGCCUUCUAUUAUAGAACCAUACGCUGUUGCAUGCCUCGUCCACCUUUCAUGCUUCAGUAGAACGUAUUCUUUCUUUUUUUGCUUUGAUGUCUGCAUGACAAUCUCUUCAUAGGCAUCAAUCUGCCUGAGAAGAACCCUUGA